GUUGGACACAGAAUUACACAUCUCUCUCCUCUAUAGUAAGGUAGUCUACUCCACUUUCUCUCUGUAACCUCACUUCUCACCAUCGACCACCAGCUUGCUCCUCUUAACUUUGCAUCCAUUAACCAUUGUCGCCUCGCGAUUUAACGCCCGGCUAACUACCCACCAUGUAUCCGCGCGAACACAGGCACAAAAAGCGCCUCUACCUCGGCAACCCGCCCCAGCCAGGCCUCUGCGAAGUCCGCCGCAAAAUUACUACCAUCGUCCCGCCUCCUCCUCCUCCUCCCCCACCGCAGGUCAUCCUCCGCCCUCGCACACCACCACCGGCCCCCGUCGUCGUCCAACCCCCACCCCCCGUCGUCGUCGUUCAACCCCCACCGCCAGCACCCAAGCCGGCCGACGACGACAUAAUAGACGUCAUAGCAGUCGACGUCGACCCCUCCGAGACGACAUCCAGCCGCAGCCGCAGCCGGAGGAGUAAGUCCCGACGACGCCGCUCCCGGUCCCGGUCCCGGUCUCGAUCUCGCUCUCGCUCUCGCUCUCUCUCGCGCGACAGGGAGGUCAUCAUCGAGCGGGAGCGCAUCGUCCCUGUUCCCGUGCGGGUGCCCGAGCCGAAGCUCGAGACGUAUCGCUAUGUCGAGGGGUUGCCUGCGAGGGACAGGGUGGUGGCCAGGGCGCCUAGUCCGCCGGCGGCGGCGGUGGUGGUGAGGAGGAAGGACAGGGAAGGGAGUGUGGAGAGGGUUCGGAUCAAGGUUGAGGAUCGGUGGGCGGAGGAGGGGAGUGAGCGCGGGGGUUAUGGGCAUGGGAGGGCGUAUGAGAGGUAUUGAAUGGGAGAGAUGUUCCCGCCUUUAUGGCUUGGUUGUCCCGUUGUUGGGUUGGGGUAACUUGGCAUGCGGCGUUCAUGGGAGGGGUUUAUGGUUUGAUAUGAGGGAUGAUAUGUGAUGGGGAUAUACUGCUACAAUGCUGAUUUACGGAACGAUUUAUGAUGCUCCAAGUUGGUUCUGGCGGUACACAGCGGGCAAUAAACGACAAUGGCUUGGUUAUGCGGCUAACUGCAUCUUGGGGAAUAUACCGUUGUCAAGACUUGGUCCGGGGAGGCAAUACAAGUGACCCAACUGGCAAUGAGGUGCCUCUGCGGCAGCCCGAUGUUUUAUUCUUU